AUGUUUUCGCAAACCCAGUCCCUCACAGCCCAUCUUCCGUCUGCAAUUCUUCCCACCAAUAUCCAUAUCUCUAAACCCUCGCUUCCUCUUUCUAACAACGGUUGCUCCAUUAUCAAAACCCAUUUCAGCUCUUCCAGGCCACGCCCCUCUCGCAAAUCUUCGCCUUCGUUCAAACCUCUAAAAUGUUCUCUGUCUGUGGUUUCGGAGCCCACCCAUAUGGAAUCCACGAGCCAUCACAAACCAUUCCCUGCUGAAGUUUCUAGAACAAUUAUGGAGUUGUCUUCAGUAGGUACUCUUUCAACUUUGAACCAAGAUGGUUGGCCUCUGGGGAUAGGCGUUCGCUUUGCUGUGGAUGCAGAAGGCACCCCAGUUUUGUGCCUGAAUGCCUCCAACAGGCAAUUCUCUCUGGAUAGGAGGUCCAGCCUCCAUGUUCAGCUAGAGCAAUGUGGGUUGCGGACUCCCCAGUGCACCGUCCAAGGUAGCCUUGAAAAACCAGAAGAUAAAAUCCUGAGGAAGCUUCAUUCCACAUGGAAAAAGAAGUUUGAAGAAGAAGUGAAUGAAGACCUUUUGUAUGUAGUUGCUGUUGAACGGGUAUUUCAGAUGGAAGAUUUUACUGAGGAUGGCAUCUGGGUUCCAUCAUCAGAUUAUAAAACUGCAAACCCUGAUCCACUUAGAGACUUUGCAGAAAAAAUAAUUGAUGAGAUUAACACUCACAACAUGGAGGACAUUCGUCGCUUUUGCAAUAUAUAUGUAGAUUUGGAUUUCCAGGUAUCAGAGGCAAAAAUGGUUUGGGUUGACAGGUUAGGCUUUGAUAUGCGACUCACAUCUCCUCAAGAUGGGAUAUAUGAAGUCCGAAUUCCUUUCCCCGGAGAAGUGGCAGACGAGAAGGGUGUGAAAUCAUCUUUCAACGGUAUGUCCCAACUUGCUUGGGAGGUGGAAAAGAAUUAUAUAGUUCCUGAUUUCAAGAAGGUGAAACAAUUGAAGAAGAUAACAUCUGAAGGACAGUAA